CGGUUGUAAUCUAGUGUGAGUUUGUGAAAUUCAUUGCAAUAAUUAAUUAACUUCACAAUGAACAACCGAUACAAGUUGAAACUAAAUACUGGUGUAGGGUGGACGUAUGUUUAUGUGACCUUAUUAUCUUGCAAAUAAUUGUUAUCGGUGUAUGUAAACCUACAACUGUUUGUGUUAAAUUAAAAUUUUAUGCUGACUCUAUAUUCUGGUGAAAAUUAAACAAAUGUGAUUUUUGCACGUUUAGCUUCAUUUAUUUGCACAUAAGCUAAGAUGGUUUCGUCAGGGAAGAAGAGUGGAUGCUUGAUGGGCUGCGGCUCGGUAAUGGUAGUUGUCGGAGCUGUCAUGGUGAUAUUUUGGCCAACAUUGUUCUUCAAUCAGCUAAAAAGUAUGAUGAUCCUCUCGGAAGACUCGACUUCUUUCUCCAUUUGGCGAGAAGUUCCGAUUCCAAUGUACCUGGAAUGCUACAUGUUCAAUAUCACAAAUGUGGAUGAAAUAAUCGCUCGAACAGCUAAAACUGUUCAAGUGGAACAGCUGGGACCCUACGUCUUCAGAGAAUCACAUACUAAGGUGAAUUUGACAUGGAAUGACAACAGUACUAUAACAUUCUACAACCAGAGAUAUUGGCAUUUUGAACCGGAAAUGUCAAAUGGCUCCCUCACAGAUUCCAUCACCAGUCUCAAUCCUAUAGUUGUGACGAUAGCAUACUUCAUGCGUCACAGCCACCCGCUAAUCAAAGUGACAGUUGACGUUUUCCUCCGCACGCUACACGAGCACAUGUUCCUGUCGGCGCCUGUCGCCGAUUGGCUGUUUAAUGGCAUCGACGAUCCGGUACUGAGAAUUGUAGAACAUUUCCCGGACCUACCAAUUAAUAUUCCUUAUGACAAAUUCGGAUGGUUUUAUAAUAGAAAUGGUUCCCGGGAGUACGACGGUAUAAUGUUAAUGAACACGGGUGCGACUGAUUUUAGUAAAUUAGGAAAUGUUGAAAAGUGGAGGUAUUCGAACACGACUAUGUAUAGAGACGAAUGUGGCGAAGUCCGGGGCUCCACGGGAGAACUAUGGGCGCCUGAGUUAGGACAACCUGAAGUUACGAUAUUCGCUCCUGAUAUAUGCACAUAUAUGAAUCUCGCAAAGAAUGAUACUGUCACGGUAUUGGGUAUCGAAGGCAUGAUGUACGUCGCUAAUGACUCGGUAUUUGACAACGGAUAUAGGUAUCCGAGAAUGGCAUGCUACUGUGACGAAGUUCGAGAUGAGAACUGCCUUCCACCGGGAGCCCUAAAUGUGUCUUCGUGUCGUUUUGGAGCACCAGCUUUUGUCAGCCGGCCUCACUUCCUACGUAUGGACUCCUAUUACCCAAGCAAGAUUAGUGGACUUAACCCCACAGAAGACAUGAACUUCCGCCUGGCCCUGGAAAUGUACACUGGUAUGCCGUUGACUGUAUCAGCUCAAUUGCAGAUAAAUCUACUCGUCAGACAUAUAGGAGGAAUCACUAUAAACAAUCAACUGCCAGACGCAGACACUCUUAUGCCGAUGUUCUGGUUCCGCCAAGAAGUCAGGAUGAAUGAAGAGUACGCGAAGCUCGCCCGUUUCGCCCUGAACCUGCGAUAUUAUAUGCCUGUUGGCUUUUAUGCCCUUACGGGUAUUGGUGUGAUAUUAUUAUCUGUAGGCAUUUGGAUAAUACUUCAAAAGUUACUUAGAUCGUCCGAAUCGACGCCCAUCCUCUCCGGUGCGUCACAGGAAGACGUUUCGGUGGCGGAGCGGUAGUCAUCUGUCACACGAUACCGGUAUUUACCGGUAUUAAUAGCGGCAAAUGUGUGACGCAGUGUAAAAAAUGGCUGAAAUGUAAAUGGACUUAUGUAUGAAUGAAAAGUAUUUUUUGAAAAAUGGACCGUAUUUGUGACGAGGAUCAAAAUUAAUUGUGGUCUCAAGAUUUGUGAAGUGUUAAGUGGGACGCGCUUAUGACACCAUCUUAGCUUGGGACUUCGAUUACAAAAGUGCAGUUUCUAUGUGCGCACAAUAUGACGGCCUGUGUCAGGCACAGGAGGCUGAUCACCUUUGCCUAUUAGAUUGAUCAUGACAGACAGACAGAAAUCUGAGGCCCAGACCUAAAAAUGUUGUAGGGCCACUGAUUUUUUUAUUUCGAUUGUAACCCAAAAAUUAUUUACAUUAUGAUUGGCAAAUCUGUUUGCCUUGUCACUUUGACAAUAAGUGCCGUACUGACAUUUGACAACUAGGUCUUUAAUGACAUACACGUAUGUCAGAUUUAUUAACUUUGUGACGCGAUUUACGCUCAAGUAUUAAGUGAAGCCGUUAGAAGGAAAUUUAUACUUUACGUAUAGUUUCAUUCCCUGUCUAUAUUAGAUACCGGUAUUAUCGGUAAUUAUUAAAAACCGGUAAUACGUAACGGAAAAAAUAUUAUAAAUGGAUUUGCAGCUCAUUUGUGAUAUUACCAAUGUAUGGAUAUUUUAAAUUAGUCUGUUUAAUAAUAUUUUUUAUUAUUUUCUUGAAUUUAUAUGUAUUUUUUUAUAGUUUAUGUAUUUUUUCUUGACAUUUUAUGUAUUAAAUUAAGUGAUAUUUUUCUAUAUACUAUGUUUAUUUAUAUUAUGUUAAGUUUUAUUAAAUCUAUAUAUAAUUUAAAUACACAUUAAAGUGAAUAAUAUAGUCCUGUCCAGUCACCGACCUUCUUUGUCUUUACCUUAGUGAGUGAUAAAGACAAUAUGUCAGCUCAUCUUAGUGACUUUUAUAGAGGCAUAGCGACAUGUUGUUAAAUGUAUGAAGUAUUGUAAUAAAUCUCUUGUUGAAGAUAGCGAUCAAGUGUUAUUUCCAGUUUUUUUAUAUAAUAAAUAUAUACUUGUUACAUCAGUUAUAGUUUAAUGUAUGCACCUUAAUACAAAUCAUUAGAAAAUGAGACCCAUUACCAGUGUGAACUCUGGAGUUAUUCUAAUUGACAUAAUGUUACCACUAUUG